AGGCGCGGCGGCGGCGCAGGGAGCGGGCGGCGGCGGCGCAGGCGGAGGGGGUGGCUCCCCCUCCCUGUCUGUCCCCUUCUCCCGGCGGCGGUGGCUCCUUCAUGAGGGCGCCCAGGGCUGGCGGCAGGUUCCCGUGAGGAGCGGUGGGCGGGGCCUGGCGCUCGUCUCCCGCUGGCCCCCGCGCGGGCCCGGCGGUAGCGGCAGGUGCAACAUUUGAAACAUGAACAGCAAUACGCGUUACCAGUUUUCAAAGCUGGAACACAGUUGUCUGCGACGUUUCCAAACUAACCUUUACACAAGGAAUUUGUAAAUCCUUUGUAAUGGCCAACAAGAAAGAACCUCCUUUCUUCAAUGAUGAUAACGUGGGACCGUUUCACUACAAACUUCCUUUUUAUGAAACUAUGGAGCUCUUCAUUGAGACACUUACAGGAACGUGCUUUGAGCUGCGAGUGGCUCCCUUUGAAACAGUGAUUUCUGUGAAAGCUAAAAUUCAAAGAUUAGAAGGUAUUCCUGUCUCUCAGCAGCACUUAAUUUGGAAUAAUGUGGAGUUGGAGGAUGACUAUUGCUUGAAUGAUUAUAACAUUUCAGAAGGUUGCACUUUGAAGCUGGUACUGGCUAUGCGAGGUGGGCCUAUUAACACUAGAAGAGUUCCUGUGGAAGACCCUAUUAGGGAAAUGGCUGAAUACAUGGACCCCAGUCGAGAUGAGGUCUGGGAGAAGGGGCCAUCCAACAAACAGGUUACCUUCUUGGUGUACCGGGAAGGAGAUCAGUUGAAUUUCUUCCGUGUUGUAGACAGGGGGGAUGGCACUUUAACACCAUUAUCUGAAUCUUUAAGUGGUGGUUCAGUUUAUAACUUAUACACAGAUGACGACGAAGAAACAGAGGCAUCUCCUUCUGGCCAACAGAUUAUUGAGAACUCGAUUACUAUGAAUAAAAUGAAACUGCUCAAGGCAAAGAUGGAGAACAUGAAUCUCAGUAAAAAGCCUAAGAAGACUGUCAAGGUGAAACCUCGUCCACCUAUAGCUCCUCGACCAUCUAGCAGUUCAGCAGCAGCUGCUCGCCACCGGUUUUUAAGAGUACUCCCCCACAUUGGACAGUCCUGCCUACCUCCUCCUGGGAAUUCAUAUCCCUCGGAGUCUUCCCAGAAUGCACUUUCAGCUUUGGCUACUUUGGCCACUGCUGGUAGAACAAUGCCAUCCAUUACUAGUGACUUUCUUAAGGAAGAUGACAACUGGGAGAGCACCUCCCGGUCUCAGUCAGUUAAUAGCAUUCGACUACCACCGAAAAUAUCUCGUGUUGAACUAGAAAAUGCAAAACUACCUACAAAUAACUUCCUUCCCCCUGUCCCAUCGCUGCCUAUAAAUUCAGAAAAAGCUUUAGAAAAUGUGACAUCCACAAAUGAGGACGAUCCUGUCUUGUAUCCACAUCUAACAAACGUAGAACUGUGUGCAACAGAAGACAAGCUUCUACCUGAAACAGAUGCUUUUGCUUUGUUAGCAGAAGCAAACACUGCUGAACAGUAUAGUGAAUUAUAUGGAAUAGGGAAGGUAAACCCAGAGCUUGGACUGUCUGAUGGGGAUGACGAGUCUAAGGCUGUAGAACAGCAUAGCAAACCCAUUACAAAAAUCCUGAGCGCUACAACAAUGGAGGCUGGACUUCUCAACACUCGUGAACUAAGUCCUCAGAAGAACACACUCUUGUCACCUCUUCGGUAUUCAGCCCAAAUGGCACAUCACAGUUCUCUGAAACCACAGACACAACCCAAAUGCUUUGAGGUCGGUAACUUGAGACCUGCUGCCUCCCCAAAUCUGCUCCGAUCUUUGGAGGUCCGCAAUAUAGCAGACUCCUCUUUUCCAAGGACUACAAGAUUUCGUGGUGUGAAGGUAGACUCGCCUGGCAAAAGACCCGAUAUCAUUUCUAAAAUGGAGGCUAGGGACAUCACAGAGGUGGCAAACAAGGCAUCCAAAGAACCUGUGGGUUCUGUAAAUAACUUAGAAUUUCUAGCUUCGCUGGCCCGAAGCACAAGCAGGGAAAGUUUACAGAAUUCCUGCGGGACAGGCAGGUUUCGGACUUCUGGUAUUGCACUACCUACGAACCUCCAGUGUUUUCAGGAAGAAAGCUUUAGGAAAGCCUCUCCCCCAGAUGAAGCUGCUGAAUACUUCCUAUCUGCCCAUGGGCUUGGAAUGAAUGGAAAUGUUGCAGCUACAGGGAAAAGAGUAGCAGGUGAAGCAACCCAUCUCCCACCUGUGAAUGGUUCAAUGCAAACGAAAAAGAAAACUACAAAGCACUGCUUUCUCUGUGGCAAGAAAACUGGAUUGGCAACUAGCUACGAAUGCAGGUGUGGAAACAACUUCUGUGCAACUCAUCGCUAUGCAGAGACUCACACCUGCACCUACGAUUACAAGAGCGCGGGGCGGAGGUACUUGCAGGAGACUAAUCCCAUCGUUAGUGCACCAAAGCUUCCCAAAAUCUAACUAUGGUUGUGCUGCAUGUGGCUGUGCUGCCAUGGCGGAAUUGUAUUACAUUGAGAGAAGCAGCAUUUGCUUCGACUGCAUUUAUUUUGCCCUGCUCCAUAUCUAAAGAUUUGCCAAGUAACAAAAGCACAUGAGGAUGCAUCUGAUUGAAGAAUAAUGUGAACACUACUGUAGCUGACACCUUUAUUCUUUAGUGAAUCAAAAGUUUAAAAAGUAGUUUUUAAAAACUUACACUAUGAUUUUAACUGUUCUUGCACGUCUUGUGUUAAGUGUUUUAUAUCUGAAAAUGCUAUUUCACUAGACAAGUCUUUAAAAGAUGCACUUUACUAAGUUUCAUAUUUACUGUAUAACCAGACUUGAGGGGGUGCUGUAAUGAGGGUGUCAUGUAAUGUCUCUGUACUCUACCUUGUGUUUUGUCCAUUGUGUGGUAUCUUAAGUUAUUUCACUAGGAAGUCUCCCCCUUACUUCGAACCACCUGUCCAGAGCUUCAAAGAGUGUGGUACUUUCUGCACUUCUGUUCCGUUCAGUUUGGCAUUCAUAUACUGUGUAUCCAUUCUGCAAAUAACAUAUCAUGGUAAUCACACUAUUUCUUAAAAUACUACUCUUUAUAUGGCAGUUUUUUUAAAUAGAGAAUUCCCUUUGUUGCCAUUAAAUACAAGGAACAACUUAUUUUAACUUUUUUUGUAAUCCUAGAUUUUUUAAAACUUCACAACUUGGUUUGUUAAGAUGUUGAGUGCUGUUACCAGAAGAAAUUCUAAUAAAUAUUAAAUUUUA